UGUAAUGUUCCAUCCAUGUUUUUAAAAAGGGGUUUCUCUGUCUCCCUUGGUACAGGGACUCCUCGAUCCGAGGUUCAGGAGGAGGUGGAGUGUGCUCCCUCUCCUCACCUCGCUCUCACCCUUAAGGUGGCUGGGCUGGGUACAACCCGGGAGGUGGAGCUUCCUCUUACCAACUACAAGUCCACCAUCUUCUUCUAUGUCCAGCGGCUGCUGCAGCUCUCCUGCAACGGAGCUGUCAAGACGGAUAAACUGAGGCGCAUCUGGGAGCCCACGUACACGAUAAUGUACAGAGAGCUGAAAGACUCUGAUAAAGAGAAGGAGAGUGGAAAGAUGGAGUUUUGUGAACACAGCAUUGGGGUCGGGGGCCGUUCUGGUGGCCUGAGCCCCAGUUCAGUUUCAGCCAAUCAGAGCAGUGAGAUUCUGGGCGGUGCCAGGGAGGUUGCGCAGGCGAAGGCAGGAUGCAGCCAGAAUGCCUGUGGAGUGGAGGAUGUCCUGCAGCUACUGCGGAUCCUCUACAUCAUCGGAGGAGACUCGGCUGCUAACACGCGCACGUUGCAGGAGGAUAUUGAUGAGCUUCAGUUCAAUGCAUCUCCUGAAGAUUUCACCAGCAAAAAAAUCACUACAAAGAUCCUGCAACAAAUUGAGGAGCCUCUAGCCCUUGCAAGUGGAGCGCUGCCCGACUGGUGUGAACAACUCACCUCCAAGUGUCCUUUCCUCAUCCCUUUUGAGACCCGACAGCUCUAUUUUACCUGCACUGCUUUCGGAGCCUCCAGGGCAAUUGUGUGGCUCCAGAACCGUCGAGAGGCAACCAUGGAGCGUUCUCGGCCGUCCACCACAGUGCGGCGGGACGAUCCUGGUGAGUUCAGGGUGGGUCGACUGAAACAUGAACGAGUGAAAGUCCCCAGAGGAGAGACUAUGAUGGAAUGGGCUGAGUCCGUCAUGCACAUCCAUGCUGACCAAAAGUCUGUGCUAGAGGUGGAGUUUCAGGGUGAAGAGGGAACGGGUCUCGGUCCAACUCUGGAGUUUUAUGCUCUGGUGGCUGCAGAGUUUCAGAAAACGUCACUGGGAAUCUGGCUGUGUGAUGAUGACUUCCCUGACGAUGAGUCACGACAGGUGGACCUGGGUGGUGGACUGAAGCCUCCCGGUUACUAUGUGCAGCGUUCCUGUGGUCUAUUUCCAGCUCCGUUCCCUCAGGAUAGCGAGGAACUGGAGCGAAUCACCAAACUUUUCUACUUCCUGGGCAUCUUCUUGGCCAAGUGCAUUCAGGACAACCGGCUGGUCGACCUACCAAUAUCACAGCCCUUCUUUAAGCUGCUCUGCAUGGGGGACAUCAAGUCUAACAUGAGCAAGCUGCUAUACCAGUCUCGAAGCUCGCCGCAGGGUAACGACCCUGAGCGGCCCCACCUGCAGCCCUUCCUGCUACUGUCUGAGGUGCAGUCUGAAGCAUCGACUGAGGAAAGCCAGGAGACGUACUCAGUGGGCAGCUUUGAUGAGGAUUCCAAAUCUGAGUUCAUCAUGGACCCACCAAAACCAAAACCUCCAGCUUGGUACCACGGUAUCCUGACCUGGGACGACUUCCAGCUUAUCAACCCACACAGGGCGAGUUUCCUGAAGGAAGUGAAGGAUCUGGCAGUGAAGAGGAGGCAGAUUCUGGCCAGUAAGAGUUUGUCUGAGGAUGAGAAGAACACCAGGCUUCAGGACCUGAUGCUGAAGAACCCGCUGGGCUCUGGACCUCCCCUCAGUGUCGAGGACCUCGGGUUAAACUUUCAGUUCUGUCCAUCCUCCAAGGUUCAUGGUUUCUCUGCAGUGGAUCUCAAACCAAAUGGAGACGAUGAGAUGGUGUCCAUGGAGAAUGCAGAAGAGUACGUGGAGUUGAUGUUUGACUUCUGUAUGCACACUGGCAUCCAGAAACAGAUGGAGGCCUUCAGAGAGGGUUUUAACCGAGUGUUUCCAAUGGAGAAACUAAGCUCUUUUAGCCAUAAGGAGGUGCAGAUGAUCCUCUGUGGCAACCAGUCCCCUUCCUGGACUGCUGACGACAUCAUCAACUACACAGAACCAAAGCUUGGUUACACCAGAGACAGCCCUGGCUUCUUGCGGUUUGUGCGAGUCUUAUGUGGAAUGUCAUCUGAUGAGCGUAAAGCCUUCCUGCAGUUUACCACUGGCUGCUCCACCCUGCCACCUGGUGGUCUUGCCAACCUGCACCCCCGACUCACCAUCGUCAGGAAGGUGGAUGCCACAGACUCCAGCUACCCAUCUGUCAACACUUGUGUUCACUACCUGAAGCUGCCCGAGUACUCAUCUGAGGACAUCAUGAGGGAGCGCCUGUUAGCCGCUACCAUGGAGAAAGGCUUCCACCUCAACUGA